CGACAGACACUCGCCAGUCAGUCAUUCUAUUCCCUCCGCCACUGUCCUGUCGCUGUCUUGCUCUGAUAUUCCCGAUUCAAGAAGAGCCGUUCGUGUCUCUUUUGUUACUUCUUUCUGACCUCCCCCCCUCCCUCCGCAAUGGGCAAGUUGACCAGCACGAUCGGUAUCCCGAUCAAGCUUCUUAACGAGGCGCAGGGCCAUGUCGUCACACUGGAGAUCACUUCGGGCGUCGUCUACCGUGGAAAACUUCUAGAGGCCGAGGACAACAUGAACGUCCAACUGAAGGACAUCACGGUCACCGCGCGCGACGGUCGCGUGUCACAUCUCGACCAGGUCUACAUCCGGGGAAGCCAUGUGAAGUUUUUCAUUGUGCCGGAUAUGCUUAGAAACGCCCCCAUGUUCCGCUCGAGAGGCCAGCGCGGUCGCGGUGUCGGUCUGGCUCGUGGUAAGGCCACGGUGCAGAGGGCUCGGGGACAGAGACGGGGCUGAAUGGCAUGAGGGUGUCUAUCUAUCUAUCUGAUCGGCGUUUUUGUUUUCUUUGUUGUGUGUGUGUGUCAUAUCGGGUCUGAAAAUCAACUGAAAUCGAAAUCGGAUUUGGGAUAUACCCUGUUUCUUGCUGGAUGGUUGGUUACUGGGACUAUGAGGGAUA